AUGGAUAUCGUGAUUAAAUUGAACAGCCAAACGGUAGGAAAAGACAAAAUCGCAAGGCUGUGUCAAUAUUCCUGCCGAGCAUUAUGGGCCAGCAAAGAAGGAUCGGAAUCGCUCGAAACGAUUAAAUUGUUGAAACACAUUGAAAGCAUUUUAAGUUCAUUCCGCAAAUUGCUACGCUUCGGAAAAGGCUUUGAAGUGCUGUACGCUGCAAUCGGAAGUCUGAAGUCCAAAGAGCAUUGCGACCAACUGUUUAUUGUGCUUGGAAAGUUAGCGUCGGGAUUUUUUCUGCUAGCCGACCAUGUCGUAUGGCUAUCACGGUCCGGAAUAAGCAAAGACAUCAACACAGCUCAAUGGGUCGAUCGUUCGAAUCGCUUUUGGUUGAUUUCAAUCCUGUUCAAUCUUUGCCGGGACGCGCAGCAACUGUACCGGCAGUUCGUGUAUUACAGCAGAUCAAACGUUCGGAAUCUACAAAGGACACUGUAUGCAUUCUACCGCGAAAACCAACCGCUGCUUGUCGACACGCUCAAGAACGUUUGUGACGUAUUUAUUCCACUGAACGGGCUCGGAAUCGUGCUUGUGUCGAAUGAAACCAUUGGCAUGCUAGGAGCAAUUUCUUCCAUAAUGGGACUGUUACCGUUACUGUACCCAAGAUUAAAGUUUUAG